AUGAAAGACUUUCCUCAACUGUCCUUCACAAGGACUAUUUCACAUCCUAUGAUUGAAGUAUUGAGGGAGGUCAAUAACUCCAAGAUGCCAUAUGAAAGUGAUCCGCAAGAAUGGCAAGAUUUAGCGAGAUUAUUUACGAUUCCACAAAUUGAUCGCCAAAUUAUUCAACAGGCAUACGAUGGACUUGUAUCUGAUGUAAAUAACAAUCUUGUCUUUUCCUCUUUGCAAACAAACAUACAAUUUGAUGAGGCAAGUUUUCUUCUUCUAAAAACUCAGCUAAAUGAUAAGUCUUUCACUUCAAAAGCAGCUGUAGAUUUGAUAUACUACUUCAUCAUUGCGUGGUUAAAACCAAAUAACAAUGAAAAAACCAAAUAUUACUUUGAUUUUCUAAAUCUGCUUGAUAAACUUGAAAAUAUCAUAUCGAAAGAUAUAAGAGAUUUUCUAAUUGAUUCUCUUACACUAAAAUACAAUUCUUUCCCAGAAAAUCAAGUUCCAAUCGAAAUUAUUAACAAAUACUAUUCUAAAUGCACAAAAGAAAACAUAUAUACUAUUGUAGAUAUACUUGAUAAAGCGAUCCAAGUGAAUGACAGUACGAAAUACACUCAAAUUAUCUCUACAAUCACAUUAUCUGUCGAAAAAUCACCAGAAUCUUUUUCGUCAACAGAUUUUUCGAGACUAAUACAGAUACUUUAUCCAUUGGUUUUCGAUUUAAACCUUCAUUCAAUAGGAUUAUUAAGUACAUUAACAAAAGUUACUUCUCAGCCAGAAUUAUUUGACGCAUUCGCUGAACUCCCAACACAUAUAUUCUUUCCACUAGAUCCCGACCCGAAUUUUACAAUUGAAUUCACCCAACCAACAUUUCACGAAUUUACAAGCUACAACUACGAGUACGACUACACAUUUCAAGAGGAUAUAGUCUCGUAUAUACAAAGAGAAUCCCUAUCUGACUUCGAAGUGACGGGAAACGUCAAAGAUUUUGUUUUGCCAAAUCAUAAAUUAAAUGUUGUUGCUUUAGCUCCUGUUUUAUGUGAAAUUCCGGAGAUAUAUGCCACGAAAUUCUUCGAAUCGUUCGCAGAUGUAUUGAUUUUAACAAAAAAUAGGUAUGACUUGUAUAUUGACUUUUUAGCUUUGUUGCAUCACCCGAACAAGACGAAAUACACCAAGAAGAUAAUGGAAGCGAUAAAUUCUUUCCCUGUUUUCACUUCGGAAACCUUGUUUUUCAAACAUGAUUUGGGAUUAAUUGGAAUUAUUAGAGAUUCAAUACUUACGGACUUUAUGACAUAUAAUAUUGAGAGUCUACAAUCAUUAUUACAUAACGUUCAAGACGCUCCUUUCAUUUUUGCUGAAAUUUUGGGAAGAUUAUUGUUUAAAUUGCAUUUAUCAAGAUCGUAUUCGUUCAUAAAUGAACAAAUGCUUGAUGAAAUUGUUCAUUCUCUCAAUAUACUUCUUUCUAUCCUUCAUGAUUCAAAAUAUGAAAAAUACCAAACUCAAAUUCAAGACGCAAGGUCAGUAAUAUACACAUUUAUAUUCACUAUCAUUGAAGACAAAGACACUGCUUACAGAUGUUUCUCUUCAGGAGGUUUCGCAAUUAGUUUUUUGUCGAGAAUUCUGGAUAACUCUCUGAAAAACCUUGUUUUGGAGUACUUUUCAAAGGUAUUGAGUGGAUGCACUCCUGAAUUAGCUGAUAAUUUAACUCCUGCCGUUAAAUUUAUUGGAGCAAUAUUUGAUUUUGCCAAAUCUCCGAAAUUCGUGCAGAAUAUCAUUGAUCUCUUAAAAACAAUCAACAAUGCAUUGAAUAUUAAUAACUCUCUCGUUGAAGUUUUUCGAAAUAUUAUUGAUCAAGUGACAGUUUACAUAACUCUUAAUCCUACACCCGAUAUUAUUAAAGAGUGUCUCGAAUUGGUACUCCAUACUCACAUAUACAUUGAAGAUUACCACUUAUCUAACAUUCAGACUCAAAGAAUCUCCGAAGCCAUUCAAUCUUUGGAGUAUUCGGAGCCAAAGGAGUCAAUAAUUUCAUGUGUCCUAGGCAUGGCCGGUAGAAGUCGCUCGAUUAACAUGUCAGGCAUGUUUUUGCUGCAAAAUCACGAACUUAUACCUUUAUUUACAUCAUUGUUCUGCUCAAUAGAAGGAACAAGGAAGGCUUUGUUGUAUUUGGAUACGCUUUCGAAACAUUCAAUUCGAAAUACUUAUUUAAUACAACAUAGCGAACUUGAUUUGAUAUUAAUUGAGAGUAUAAACAAUUAUCCGAACGAAUUUGAUUUCGGAGGGUUACAUUUUAGACUCAAAUACGAAGAAUCAGAUAUCGAACAAUUAAUUCUGCCAAUAAUCGCAUUCCUAUCGUCAAUGCGAUCAUCCCCAUACGCUGCAGCAAAAUUUAUGACACUUUUCGUACCUGGAGAAGAAUAUCCGAAAUAUGCCAUUCCUGCAAUGCAAAUUGCGAACAAAACCCUAUCCGAAAUAUCCCAAACACCACGUAAUUUCGUUUAUUGUGGCGUAGAAAACCAUGAAACGUAUAUAAAUGGAAUUUUCGGAAAUGUUUUGAACGAAGGAAUGACGUUAGCCUUCAAUUUAUGGAUCGACACUGUUUAUGCACAAUUAAUAAAUGCACAUCCGAUGCUAAUUUCCAUUUUGGAUGAGAAUAACUGUGCAAUAAAAUUUUUAAUCACAGGAAACACGUUAAUUGCGAAGAUUUUAACGGUUAACGGUGUCAGUUCUGCUGUUAUUGCUCCAAGCCUUGAUUCCUGUAAGUGGUUGCCUGUUGUAAUUUCCAUAAAAAGAAUCCAAGAAAAUUUAUUACAAUUUGAAUACUCAGUAAACUCUGUUCUUUCGCAAACAUUGACUGUACAAAUGCCAAGAUUCUCUGAUAAUCAGUUAGAAGUCCGUUUGGGAGCAGUUUUUGAUGGAAAUUGCGAAAAAGAAGAUGCUUUGUCAUAUUCAACUAUGAUUUCAGACUUAUCAUUGUAUCCAGCCGCUUACAACCUCAGGGAUGAGAAAUACAAGAUGCAAAACCUUGUAAAACAAAAGAAAUUUGAUACAAAAGCAUUAUUUACAUAUCCAACAGAAGGAGUUUCACGAUUUACAUUGACAGAAGGUUUGGCAUCUAACUUUGAAUCAUUUAUUCCUUUCUUUGCUUAUCUGGACAAAACACCACCACAUUUUUUAGACUUAUUAAUUGACAUGAUGAAAGAACUUUGCAAGAUUGGCACUCAUUUCGACUUUUCUGUUAUCUCAUACUUAUUAAAAGUCGAAAACAACGUUGAUUGUCUUACAUAUAAUUUAUGGUGUCGCUUUGAUUCAUUUUUAGAAUCUAUUACAGAUAAAGAUCAAAUCAAAUCAUUGAUCAAUAAUAUUGUUCUUAGUGCUGAUCUUUGGUGUCGUAGUUUAUCUAAAGAAUUCACACGAAUUGUUAACAAUUGGCCAUCUCUGCUUGAAUUCAACUUAUUUGAUAUCAUUCCAUUCAGAACAGUCCUUUCAUAUAUGCGCGUUUACUUCUAUCAUGAUCCCGUUGAGAAAGAAAUUAUUUUUGAACGUCGAAACGACUUUGAUGUUACCACAUGUUACAAUUCUAUGCUCCGUCUCCUUAAAUCACACAAAAUGACUGAAAUGGACAUGGCCGCCAUCAUUUCACAUUGUGGUUCAUGUCAAGAUACAGAACAAGUUGUCAGUUUACUUUCUAUUCUUCAGAAUAACGGUAAAACAGAAUAUACUAUGAUCCCUCGUCUCUGUUUUUACCUUCUUAAACCUCGUAAGGAAAAGAUAUUCAUUGCUACAUUAAAAGCCAUCAGUUCAUUAACAGGUGAUCAUUUCGCACAUUAUGUUGAAUCGAUAUGCUCCGUUAUUAAACCAAUCUACUGUACAUCGGAAUUAUUUGAUGGAUUAAUCCAAAUUGUCAAAGAUUUUCCAUUAAUCUUCCCAUUGUUGAUCAUUUGUUCUAUUGAAUUAGAAAAAUCACAAUUCGACCGAAAGUAUUGUGAGAUUACAGCUUCAAGUCUUCAACCUCUUCGCAUUUGUCCAAAACUAAUUAAUCCAAGUUGGAUCAUUUGGCCUGCUAUUUUAUCUAAUUAUCUUGAGAGCAAGAGUUUUGUUGAUUUAGUUAGUUUCACAAGUAAUCUUAUUUUAGAUUGUGACAGUUUCACAUUCUUUGAAGAAUGUAUUGCAUAUUUAGAACUUCUUAGUGCAACACGCGAUGAAAAUUACCUUGUUUUCAUUGGAGAUUUAGUUAAAAUUAUCAUCGAUAUCAAAUAUUCACCAUCAAAUGAUCCACGCUUAUUUACAUUAUGCUCAAAAAUUCUUUUACUUCAUCGUGAUCAUAAACUUAUGUCACCAAGUUUACAAGAACUUUACGAGAAUUCACCAUUUAAUGAAAAAGAAAUUCCAUUGAAACUGACAAGGGACAAAAAAGAUAAAAUCACAAUGUCAGCCAAUUUAUUUGACUUGUCCGACAUUACUAAUACAGCAAGCUCUCCAUUGGCAUCUACAACAAGAUUAAGUGUUGGCUCAUUCAAUACAGUUUCAUUGUCUAAUUUACCAAAAAUUGAGAUUGAUUUCAUGUCAAAAAUUUCAGAGUAUUUGAAAUCAUAUUCUUCAGAAUUUGAGAUCAUUCCACAGUUUGGCUACCGAGGCCAUGAAGCAUUGUUACAAACAUGUUGCCAAAUCUUUACAAACAUGAAAGAAGUUUCUAAUGUCGAAUUGCCAAUCGGAAUUUAUCUUCAAAAAGUCUGUCAAAGAGAGAAAAUCGAUGUCACUCUUCAAACACUUUUAAUUGACUCAUCAAUUCAUUAUAUCAAUCAACACACAAAUAAUGAUGAUUUGAAAUUAUUACAGCACCGUACGAGAAGUCACUGGCUUGCAACAGAAAAACGAGCUAAUUCAUACACAUUGUUAUUUGAUACAACAGUUGCAAGUAUCGCGAGUGGCGAUAUUGACGCACAAGUUGAAUUGUCCAAUUUCAACACAUUACAAGUUCACAAACAGUGGAACAAGAUUAUGAAAUUUUUAUUCAACAGUAGUAGUUCAUGGUCUAAGAAGACUCCAGAGUACAUUUACAGUAAAUCAUUCCGAGUUUGUGGUGAUCUUGAAGAACCAUUUAUCAAACGGAAAAUUCCUAAAGAGAUUUCAUUCAAAUACUACGAACCAACACAAAACAAACCAUGUAAAGUUGUCAAAAUUGACAAACAAAUUGAUGCCCAAUUUUGUAUGACAAACGAUAACUUUACUAUCCGAAAAGAAGGAUUUUCUAAUGUUUACAAAUACACUGAAUUGAAAUAUGUAUUACAACGUGCUCCAUUCCACAGAUACACAGCUAUUGAGUUGUAUUUCCAUUCCGGUAAGACAAUUUUCCUUGAUUUCGCUCCAAUAAAAUCUAUCCAAGACAUUGUCAAGAAAUUUCAACAACUGUGUCCGAAUUCAGCUAUUGUCCAAGUUUCUAAUUUCCAGACAUUCUUCCACAAAUUAGGAAUCACCGAAAAAUGGUUGAAAGAUGAAAUUUCUAAUUUCGAAUAUUUGUUAUCAUUGAAUAUUUUUGGUGGCAGAUCAUUUCGACAUCCUGCUUUGUAUCCCAUCUUUCCAUGGGUUGUUUUAGAUUUCAUUUCAGAACCAUUGACAACUGAACAAAUGCGAGAUUUACAGUGGCCUAUCUCGGCACAAACAUUGGCGCAACGAAAGAACUUGAGUCAGAAAUUGGAAGACAACAGUUUUCUUUAUUUCUCCGCUCCUUCUAAUCCAACAAUUGUUGCACAUUGGCUUUUGCGGUUGGAACCAUUUACAACACUUCAUCUUGACAAUGAAGGUGGUCAUUUCGAUGUUGAAAGUCGAUUGUUUACUAGUAUGAUGUCUACAACUGUUCAAUUUUUAGAAAGUGGCUUUAGUUGGGAAAUUGUUCCAGAAUUCUUUGAUUGUCCGGAAUUCCUUUUGGAUGUCAACAAUAAAGGAAUCAAAGAUGUUGAAUGUCCAUUAUGGUGCAACAAACCAUUCAAGUUCAUUUCAUACCAACGAAAAGUUUUAGAGUCUAAUUAUGUUACAGAACACUUAAAUCUUUGGAUUGACAUGAUCUUUGGUUAUGCACAAAAAGACAACAAAGUUCGUAAACAACGAUUGAAUUCAUUCAAUGAUAUCUUGACAGAAGAAGUUUGGAACACAGAAGAAACGCAAGAUAUGGAUGAAGAUGUUAUCGAAGUCACAUUAAACAAGUCCGGUCACCUUCCUUCUACACUUUUUAAGACACCACAUCCACAAAAGAAAAUUAUUUACGAGAAACCAUUUUUGACUAAGAUGGUCACCUCACAUUUCGAAAACAAACCAUUGAUCGAAGAAUGCAGUGUCACAAACUUUGAAUAUCCAUUGAUUACAUAUUCAGUCCUUUACAACAACCGACUUAUUGAAACCUUAAUUUUUGACAUUGAAAAUCAUAAAAACAACAAAACGAUAUUUUUGAAAAACAUUGAUCAACACUGUCAAAAAUUUACAUUUGUCAAUGGUUUUGUUGUUAUUCAUAGUUCUAAGAGUAUCAAAGUUUAUUCAUCUAAUGGGAAUGAACAACAAAACAUUUCUAAUUAUCACCCAGUUUUAUUUGAUCAAAACUCAAAGAAUUUAACAUUUGUUUGUGUUGAUGCUAGUAUCAAAUCACUGAAGAAAGAUUUUUGUAUUCGUACUAGUUUGACCGACCGAAUUGUCUGUUUAUGCAGUAGUGAUAAAUACCGAUUAAUCUGUCUUUGCACAACAUCAAGUCAUUUAGUUGUUUACCGAUAUGACGGUCAGUUCCACUACGACAUUGUUAUGGACGAAAAGAUUCCACACAAAGUUAUGAUUACAGAAGAAACAGGUACAAUCUUAGUUUACUCAUCAAACUCAGUUUCAGUCUAUACAUUGAAUGGUUUCUUAGUUAGUGAUGUCAAAAUCAACUUCCGGAUUUCAUGUUGGACUAAUUUCAUCGAUAAGAACUACAUCGAAUAUGUCGCAUUAGCCGAUCCAACAGGGAAUGUAUACAUCAACCGAUUGACUGAUGUGACAUUAGACAAAGCUUCAUGCCGAUGUCCAUUGUCUAUUCCUGUUUCAAUUUCAUAUGACCAAGGUGUUAUUUGUGUUUUAUCACAAUCAGGCAAAUUAUAUUGCAUGCCAUUAUAA